UGUUUAGCUACUUCCUGUCAUGCUUCUUCAAUGAAUAUGCUUAUAACUACUGUUUGACGUCACUGUUGCUAUAGCUAUGCAAUGAAUUUGCUAUUUUUUUAAAAAGCGAUGGCUGAUUCAAGCAAGCGUCUAUGAUUCAAGCAAGCAAUUGUGAAGGCUGUGUUUCUGCAUCUUUAUAGAAGGCACUUCAAGAAAGUACACUGGUGCUACUUGUCUACAAAGAGUGCAAAUGUACCCCAAAAUAUCAUUCCACAAGCCUACUCAGUACUGUACUGGCCCAGUGCAGUGCAGUCUCUUUAGUCUGAGAAACACUGGACCCUUCUUACUGCUCCUGGUCCCAUGCAGCAAUGUAAUAAGCAGGUUGUGACAACUAAUGUUGAAAGUUGAAAAAAAGCAACACAAACAAACCAGUAUCGUUCGAUUCACGAUCACAGAGUUCUUCGAAAUUUGCCUCCUUUUUGAAACUAUUCAUCGCUCGAACUUGGCUCUUUUUAUGUUGACUAAAAUCAUUAGUAGUCUGUUUUAUAUUGAAUUCUCUCUAACUCUGAUAUUGCUAAUAUUGAUUGAAUUGAGUAGUGUGUCAUUGUUUUAAUUGAAACAGUGUGUCAAUUUUGUUGCAAAGGUGGGAUACUGUAUUCAGUUCUAGCUGUACAUGUAGUUUGACCACAGCCAUGGUAUAUGGCAGUUAUACACUAGGGUAUAACUGCCAUAUACCAUGGCUGUGGUCAGACAGGUUGUAUAAGUAGUAUAAACUACAACUGAAGCCUUUGAUCUUUGGUGCAACCAUAGUACAACAAGCAUUAUAUACAAUUUUAGUUUCAACCCUUGGUGGAGUGGUAUCGUUAUAACAGUCGUUUAUGAGUUUGCGAUGUAUCCACUCAUAAGAAACAGAAUACCCAGCUCUCUCCGACGAAUUGGAGGUGCAACUCUACUUAACCUGCUACUGAAUGCGCUCAAUUUGGCUAUGCAAUUCUGUCCAUAUGUGUGGGCAUCAGUAUUUUUCACGGGAAUUCUCACUGGCUUUGGACUUGUAUACUCCUAAUAAACGGGAUACUAGAAUUUGUGUGUGCCCAGUCACCAUACAACAUGCGAGGACUUCUGACUGCCUACAUAAUAUUUCUAGCACUUCUCUCAGUAUCUUUCAACUUUCUUAUGAAAUGUGUCCAUUUUUUGAUAUAUAAACAUUCAAAAUAUUACGUUAUCCCUUCAAUAUCAACUGUACUGAGUGUGAUUGGAUUGGUCCUGUACUGCCUCCUGGCUCGCUGGUACAGGAGGAGAGUUAGAGACGAGGACUACAAUGCACAUAGAGUGGUGGAGGAGGUCUAUGAUCGAUACCUCUCUCAUAUACAGUAUAGACAAUAAUACAAUUGUGUAUAAUUAUACACUUAGAUUGAAAGUCAACUAUAGCUGAUUACGUCCAUAACAUACACACUUAACACACUUAGCUAUUGCAUGCUCUGUUUGCUUCACCACAAACAUAAACAUUCAGUUUCAAUGAAUAAUUACGUCUCACAUUUGAAAUAACAUUAAGUACUAUAGAUGUAUACACAACUAUAAUUUUCAAUAUUUAUCAUCUUCAUUGUUGGGACUGAAAUCUGUUUGUUCGUCAGCAGUAUAUUAUUAUAAUCUAGACAUUACAGUUCACAUUGAAAACAAUUCCAAAAGUAAAUAGAACAGUUCACUUGAGCAUCAGCCUUUAAAUAAUGGACUCUACUAACAGCUGCAGCUCAAGGGAUCAUACAAAGCCAGUGAUGAGAAAGAGGUGCAAGUAUCAAGUGAGGUGGUUCUAUUCAAAAGGAGCAUUUCUUGUUCUACUGUGGACUACACUUGUCAGUGCAGCUGUGUGGUCUUAUGGGACAAUGUUGGGAGAGAGAAUCUUAUCAGAAGGCAUACAUUUAGAGAGGAAUACUUUUUCUCGAGUGUUCAUUGUACUACCAUUUCUAGUUUAUGCUACCAUCCCACUUGUAGGAUGGUUAGCAGAUGCUAAGCUUGGAAACUACAGAGUCUUGAAAUUUAGCUGCUUCUUUUUAGUAGUCGCAUCGAUAACCAUUUGCAUCAAUAUUCUCUGUGAUACAAAGAUAAACUUCAGUGCACUGCAGUACACACGUAAAGUCAUAAUAGGGCUAGUGUAUGCAGUGAGUGUAGCAAGUACAGCAAUUUAUAUAAUAACAGCCUUACAGCUUGGUCUAGAUCAAAUGCCAGAUGCUUCAUCCACCAACAUUUCAAGUUUCAUCAGUUGGUUUGUGUUUUCACUUACUCUUGGAUGUUGGAUUGCUGAAUGGCUAUCAAAUACUCUCCUUCAUUGCGUAAACUCUUCGACAAUUAAUGAUAUACAGAAAAUGCAACUGUUUAGUUUGUUUCCAGUGACUUGUAUGGUAGUUAUUUGUUCUUCAAUGUUUUUGUUAGCUCCAAAAUGGCUAAUUAUAGAACCAAAGUCGCCUAAAGCCCUCAAAACCAUCUACCAAGUUCUCAAGUUUGCAGCCAAGCACAAGGCUCCUAUUUAUCGCAGUGCUCUCACAUACUGGGAGGAAGCCGUACCCUCUAGACUGGACCUGGGGAAAACAAAAUAUGGUGGACCAUUCACUACAGAGCAAGUUGAAGAUGUGAAAACCUUUUUACAAAUAAUUGUGAUGUCUUUCCCAAUAUUCCUCACCGUAACUGCGUGUUGGAAUAUUUUACUCGUACUAGGCUUUACAGCGGAUAGCUAUGUAGGAGUGUUGAACGAGGAAAUGCUGUGGCAUCUUACUGUCUCAAACACUACUGACAAUUGUACAUCGAGCAUCAUAUACACUUUUAGUUUGAGCCAUUGGUGGAGUGGUAUUGUUACUACAGUUGUCUACGAAUUUGCAUUAUAUCCACUCAUAAGAAACAAAGUACCCAGCUCUAUCCGACGAAUUGGAGGGGCAACUUUAUUUAUCCUGUUACUGAAUAUGCUAAAGUUGGCUAUUCAAUUUUCUCCAUAUGCACAAGCAUCAGUACUUUACAUGGGGGCUCUCAGUGGCUUCUUAUCUGUACUCCUAAUAAACGGAAUACUCGAAUUUGUGUGUGCCCAGUCACCAUACAACAUGCGAGGACUUUUGACUGGCUACAUGAUGUUUCUAUUGUUUCUCUCAGUAUCUCUGAACUACUUUUUUGCAAUGCUACCAAAUGAAAUAUAUUUGCCAAUUUACACUAUCCCUUCAAUAUAUACUGCACUGAGUGUGAUUGGAUUGGUCCUGUACUGCCUCCUGGCUCGCCGGUACAAGAGGAGAGUUAGAGACGAGGACUACAAUGCACACAGAGUGGUGGAGGAGGUCUAUGAUCGAUACCUCUCUCAUGUACAGUAGAGACAAGAAUAUAACUGUGUACACUUUAGAUGAGAGUCAACUGAUUAUUCCCAUGACAAAAUCAUACUUAACACAAUAGCUAGCUUAAUAUAAUAAUUACACGCACAUUGUCACUGUAUCAUUUAUUUUACAUGUACUCUAUACUACGACACGCUGCAUUUACUAUUAUAUCGCUUUUACAUUCAUGGACUGAUAGGUACGAUCAGUGCAUGAUCGAAUGGUACGAUCAAUUAUACCACUAUCAGAGUUUUUGAAAGGUUUCAUCAUUCACGGAAUGAUAAGUACCACUCGUCACU